AUGGAGGCCAAGGGAAAAUAUGAAUUUACUGCCAGCGCUGAGGACGAGCUCAGCUUUAAGAAAGGCGACAUUCUGAAGAUUUUAGUCUUCGAGGGUGAGUGGUGCAAGGCUGAGAUCAACGGACAGGAAGGAUAUGUGCCAAGAAACUACAUCGAGAUGCAGGUUACAGAGUGGUUCCGGGAGAACACGAGUCGAAUGCAGGCAGAGGAGCUCCUGAAGAACAAGCCCCUGGGAGACUUUGUGAUCCGAGGGUGUCAGAGCUCCCCUGGAGACUACUCCAUCUCUGUCAAGCAUGAGAACGACGUCCAGCACUUCAAAGUGAUGAGGGACAAUAAAGGCCAGUACUUCCUGUGGUCCGAAAAGUUCACCUCAAUAAACAAGAUGGUGGAAUACUACAAGACCAACUCCAUCUCGAGAACCAGGAAGAUCUUCCUCAGUGAUGGCAGCGAAGACAGCAGGAGCCCCUCCUUGCCCCAGGUAAAGAGAGGAAGUUUGCCUGAACAGCGAACCACAGCUGCAGCCGUCGCUGCGUCGCCUCGCAGGGCUUCAGAUCAGACCCACAACCAGCUGCCUAAAAAAUCUGGUGCUCACACCAUCGGACACACAGGCCGAAGCAGCCCCGUCUCCUCUGUUUGUCCUCCCCGACGCACCUCUGAGACCAUGCCUCUGCCUCAGCGGGCCUCCUCGCUGCAGGUGAAGGCGCUGUACGACUUCAAAGCAGAAGAAGACGACGAGCUGGAGUUUGUCGCCGGUGACCUCAUCGAGGUGUUGGAUCGCUCCGACCACGCGUGGUGGACGGGGAGGCUGCGAGGGAAAAGCGGGUUGUUUCCUGCAAAUUACACAAUACAGUUGUGAUGAAACAUCCGACCCAAUCUGCAGGCGAAGGAGCACUCUUUAGGGGGUUUUGAAAGUCAAAAGCUUCUGCUGUGCACUGCAGAGGACCGUGGCACAGAGUUUAUAGAUCCAGUGUGGCUUGUUCAGGUUUUAUUGAACAUUUCUUGGAGCAGCACCUGCAGGAACUUCCUGAAGUGCUGCAGAUGGCACAGGUUGUAUUAACCCGUGUGUGGCAGC